AUGUCGCCGGUGCAGCCAAGCUCCAAUCGACAGCCUUCCGAGGAGGUGCUGGGACAUAUGCGAACCUACAUACUCCUGCUGGCCAUGGCAGAGAAGCUCCACAAGAUCGCACGCCAACUUCAAGCUUGGAGAGAAUUGCACAUCGAGGUUGCUCCAAGGAGGCUGUGCAUGGAGGCCUUGUGCGAUGGGAAGGAAGUGCUGCAGAUCCUGGAAGCAGGUGCUUUCCGAAAAAACCCUGAGCGAGGGAGAUACGUUGCAGACGACAACUUCGCAAAUGAGCUUUUCGAUAUGUACCUGGAAUCCGGAAAAGCUGUUCACGCCGCGACCUUGCUUGCAGAUGGCAGCUGGGAACAGUCUGAGCAGGGCGCGCUGGGGAAGCUGGUCGCCAUCGUCGACCUCCUCACAGGUCAGUGGCGGUCGGAGAGCAAGCCGUUCUUCUGGGAGGCAGCGAAGUUCCUGAGAGGAUGCGGCGAGUCAGUCGCUGCUCGAGUUCAGGCUCUCUGCGAGGACAAAAUCACGAAGUGUGUGCAGUCCUGGGGGUCAUGUGCCAGCCGCCACCCUGCUGGCCCAACUCGAGACACGUUGUGGCUGGUGUUGCGGUUGCACUGCCUGGCCUCGGCCCGCACAAGCACCCAUACCAUCGCGUCCGACCCGGUGGUGAUGAGCUUCCACAGCCUCUUGACGAAAUCCAAGUACGGCUACGACUUCCCAGGUCACAGCGACCUUUUCCGGGAGGUGGACAACCAGUACUUCUGGGAGUACUUGGUGGGUCUCUUCCACAACGAUGCUGAAGUUGUUGCAAGACGGGCACUCCCCCAAGGUCCAGACUGGCGGCCUCACUUAGAAGAUCUGGUUGGGCAGCACGUGCAAAAGAAGCCUGCUGUCGCCCUCCCACUUCUCGAGGACGAGCCACGGCUCCGGCGCGCUUUUGAGGGGCAUCUCUCCCAGUACUUGAAAGCAGGGGGAACCUCCAGCGACCUGCAUCAGGUGCUCAAAAAGUAUCCAUGGCUUGCAGAUGAGUCAGAUGAGCUCCGCAAAAAUAAGGAGCUGCGUCAAGCCAUUCCCGGACAAAGAUCCUGA